UAAAUUGUACAGGAGUAUAUAAUCUGAGUACAAGAAUGUAAAACUUGGUUAUUUGGUACUCUAAGAAAUUUGUGGUGCUUUAUCAUCGUUACAACUGGAAGUAUGCCUUCUGGAAUUCUUCUGUGUUCCUUUUUAAUACAAGUACUCUGGGUAAUGAGUGAAGACACAUUGUCGGUUUCAACAACAGGAGCAAAAUCAGUGCAACUGAAAACUGCUAACACAUCACAGACAGAGGACUUCCAUGUAAUAGAAGGAAACAUAUCUUCUCCGCCUGUCGUUCUUGAGAGUACAGUUUCCUGUUCAGGAAAGUUUCAGAGUUUUUGCAUCCAUGGUAUUUGUAGCUUCCUUGAAGAAGAGAACAAACCUAUAUGCAGAUGUGACCUGGAUUACUAUGGAGAAAGAUGUGAACGUCUGACCUUAAAUGCGUAUAGUCUAAGUACACCAGAAAAGUAUAUUGCAGUUGGGGUUGGAGUUGGAUUGCUAAUAACUGGAGCAUUUAUUCUUUUCUGUUGCUGCAUAAUGAAAAGGAAAUCAGAUACACCAUACUUGCCUGGACCAUUGAGAAAACAGCUUGAAACAGCCUGAAGAACAGAACAGGAGAAAAAAAACAUAAUGACAAUCUUCUGUUAUAAGCUAGCAAUUCAAAAUCUUAGCCACUCAUGAUCAUGUUCAUGGAUCAACACACCUUUGGGAAAACUGCUACUUAAUAAGACAACUGUCAGUGAAGGCAAAAUACAUUUUCAUCCACUUCCAUUGUUGAAGUCCAUGUGUAUAGUGGAGAAACGCAAUCAGGUUUAAACAAAGUUAAACAGUACCCAUAUAAUUAGCUGUGUCACAGUUAGUAUAAUGUAACCUACUGUACCUCAGUGAUAAAAGAUACUCAUGCAUUAUUCCAGUAUUCCAGUAACUGAAUGAGACCAGCUACUUCUUAGUGAAGGAUGGGAUAAACUGUUUGCCAAAAUCAUGUUUGUAACCAUGACUGAAUGAAAAAAAAUCUAUUUAAUGUGGUUGCUGCAGAGGAAGUUCCCCUUUCACUGACGUACAGCUAUAUCAGACAUAAUAUAUUAUAUUACAUCAGAGGAGCAGGGAUAAAGCCUUCUUAAUGGAGAGUCUGGAAGACUUUCAUCUGACAUGAGAAAAUGAUUCAAAAUUCACUUGUAAUGAAUUGUUUAAUUAAACUGAAUUUUACACCCCUGAUGUUCAGAAUUCUGAAAGAACAAAGUGCCAGUACAAGAAUCUUAUUAGACUUCCAGGUUUUUCAUAUCAAUUCAGUUAGCACCCAGCAUCUGCUCUUCCCUGUCUGCUCUACUCUUUUUUGUUCUUGGCCAUCCUCAAAGGAGUGCCUCCAUUAAUAUAACAGUAUACCAUCUUUGAGUAUGUGUUGCACUCACUUUUACUUAGAGUUAGUAUAGCUCAGUCACAAGGGUAAAGUUAGAAUGACCAAACUUCAAACUCAAAUGGAGUAAAUCCUAAAGUAACCUACACACAGACAUGAUACCAGAGGAGCAGCUAGGCUAUUUUGAGCCCAGGGAGAGACCCUCAUUUUGGGUCCAUUGAAACCAAGAGUAAGAAUGAACAGGAAGUUUUAUUGAAAGUUUAAAGCAUUUUCAGAUAGUAAAUCAUUCAACUGUCACAUGAAGCAUAACCAGGCACAUUGAUUUAGCAAUUUAAAGAAACCACAGAGUUAACUUUUGCUUUACAUAGUUGAUAGUUCAGUACCAGGCUAGCUACCUUGUGGUCCAUUUUAAGCCUAGCCAAUUUUCCUUGAGAAUCAAUCUCUGUACCACUUCUCUGUGAAGUAAACACUUUAACCUUUAUGAUAACCACCAACCCUACAUGUUAAAAAUGAAGCAUGACAUAUUUUUUAUACAGUAACAGCUUGCCUAGUGUGCUACAUACAAAGAGUAGCAAUGUAUGGAGCAAUGAGAGCAGGCAUUCAGAGCUGUGCAUUGCUGAUAUUGCUCAAUCUCCAGUGGAUUUUGUUGAAAGUUGUUGUGACCCGAAAGGCAACUUACUCAGAUAAGUACUUGAUUACUAACUUACUGAGAGAGUGUGCUGCCAAUAUGACAUUUCCACACCAGUGCAUUGCAUUUGUAAAAUAUACAGCCAGAGUUGUCAUAGGAAAUCUAGGCUGAAGCAACCUAUUUGGUACAGCCUGCAGCCUGCUAGCUGGUUGCCUGCCUUCAGUGCAGCCUGCAGCCUGCUAACUGGUUGUCUGCCUUCAGUGCAGCCUGCAGCCAGCUAAUUGGCUGUCUGUCUUCAGUGCAGCCUGCAGCCUGCUAAGUGGUUGUCUGCCCUUUUACCACUUUUAUUACUUUUAAGUAUGAUACUACUUUAAACAUCCAAUACUAAAUAGCAAGAACAAAAACAACUUCGCUGCGUCAGACUGUCAGCAAUAAAUUCAGGUUUAUGAGUUCAAAUUUUCAGCCAGUAAAGGUACAGAAGGUAUUUUAACACACAAAUAAAAUAUCUGUGAAGCUAGGAUCUCGACUGGACAGGACACUUAGAUGCAAUUAAUGAAUGGCAUCAACAUGCUAAAUCCACUACUGCACUACUACAUGCUCCAGUAUAAUAAACCACCCUCUCUGGGAGGCAACAAGCCAUUAAAUUGCAACAAACCUACUCGUCCUUUCAACCAACUGGUUGGUUGUACAGGUGUCCCUCAGGGCUAUAUCCCUGGUCCUCUUCUAUUUAAUAUAUUUAUUAAUAACCUCCAUGACUCUACUUACCAUGUUAGUAUAGUUCAGUAUGCAGAUGGCCCAACACUAAUAUGUGCAGCGUCAACAAUAAAUAAGCUCCAAGACAUUACCCAAAAAUCUUUCUCCUCUGGAGAGACCUGGCUCAAAGAAUCAAACCUGCUGCCCAACCCCAGGAAAACUAAGUCAAAUGUUCUUUACCUCCAAAAGUUGCCAAAAUAAGAAGCAAUCUUACCAUAAAGUCAGCAAAUAAUACUGUCACUGAAACUGUAACAGUAAACUUCUAGGCAUUAUAAUAGCUGACAAGCUGAAAUAUAACCAGCAUUUACUGUACACCAUUACAUCUACACACCAGACACUAGGGUCCCUUUAUAGAAUCAAUGGAAUCCUUAUAGAUACUACAACACAAACUCUAGCCACCACCUUCCUAUUGUCAACUCUCUUAUAUGCUACUCCUAUCCUAACAAACUUUCCUUCAUAGGACACACCAUUGUCAUAGCUUAAACCAAUUGAACUGGCUUGAAUUAUACAACUACCUAACAUAUUCACAACUAACUACAGCACACAGACUCAUUCAUCAUCCAGAAAAAUGCCCUGCACUGCAAAACGUAUUACUGCCCUAUUGUCUAGCAAAGGACCUAUGCUCUAGUAACAAAUUCUUAUUACUUAUAAAUAAGUCAAAUAAUGUUGAGAAGACUUGCUCUACUCCCAGUACAUUGCUAUACUCUGGAAUAGUAUCCCCACACAAAAGGGAUAUGAUGUCAGCUGUUGUCUUACCAGCAGUCUUCUGUAAUGAGAACAAUACCUGCUAACUCUGGAAUUUAUACUGCUAAAGAAAAAGAGCAUCAUCUUGUUAGCCUUGUUUGCUUCUUUUUCACUUUCCUCCUAAUGGGUCAUCCCAGCAUUUAUUAUUAAGCCCACAUUUUCUUGUUCAGCACUUUUAAGCUGAACCUUUCCCACACUAUGUACUGUCCGGUGCCUUUGCAGAUGCAGAGCAUUGCAUUUCACACGUGGCAGCCCAUACCAAUAAUAUAUUUAAGUCGUAGUCAAGCUAGCAUACCUAUGAUUUACUUUUUCCCUGUUUUAGUGUCAUCUGUAAGGAAUGUAAUCCUGCUCUAUAUACACUGAAGACCAAAGGUCACAGAAAUGUUCCCUGGAGUACACUUUGCACUGGCUGUGCCUCCAUCACUGCUGCAUUCUACAUUCUUCCCUCCUGCAAUGCCACUACCUGUCUAACCAUUCCUCCAAACAACUCUACCCUUUCUGCCUAGUAGCUUCCAGUGACAGACAGAGGACUUUAUGGAAGUCUGAUAUAUAACAUCACUGGACAUUUUGUUAUCAACCUCCAUCACUGGCACAUAAUUAAAACUGUGUAUGAUUCAUCUGGUUGGACUUCUUCUCUGCAUUCCCUUAUUGGCUGAUGAUCGAGAGAUUGUUGUCCUCCAAAACAAUGACUAUCAUUUUUUCAGCAUGUUCUCAAUGAUAUGUCCUUUUACUGUUGUGAAAUGUACAAGUCUAUAAUUCCAAGGUUAUUUUUGUUCUUUAAUUAUGAAUUAAUACAACUGUUUGUAUUCCAGGUUAUAGAUAGUACCCUAUCAGCAAAGAUCAUAUUGAACAGUUCUGUCAGAGGAUCUGUGCCCUCUGGCUAGUUUUCUGAAGAUCCCCUUGGGUAAUGUAAUUAACCUGAGCUUUUUCUCCCUUAAUGUCACUAUUUACUUGUACAUCCCACAGCUGAUUACUCCAUCAACACAUCUUUUCCCUAAUUAUGCCCUGCAUUUCAUGGGAUGGUAAUCUGCUUUCUUCUCCACUGCAUAAACAAAUGUGUUGUAUUCCAUUAGCAUCUCUGUCUAUUCCUUUUGUUCCAUACAUCUCCUCAAAUCCUUCACUAAAGUAUUUCCUUCUGCCCCUCUCUCUUACAAGUUCUUUCCUGAAAAAAUGCUACUCUGCCUCUCAUUUAUUUAAGCAGGUCUUUUCAUUCUUGGACUUGACUUUUGUAGACUUAUUUAGUCUUCCUUUCUUUUGUAAAAAUCUUUUUCCCAAAGCUCCUAUCUUCCAUUUUUCAUGUGCACCCUCCAGUAGUUUCAAGAAGUUUUGUUAUCCUAUUAGCUGGUAAUUCCUUGCAUUGUCCCUUGCUAUAUUUAUAAUUCAUUUUGUAGAUCAUGGCCCUGUAGGUAUUUUAAUGUCUCAUACCUCACCUUUAUUCAGCUUAUUAUGGACCCCUUUGUUGCAGAGGCACUGUUUAUUUUGGACCCCUUUGUUGCAGAGGCACUGUUUAUUAUGGACCCCUUUGAUGCAGAGGCACUAGUG